AUGGUGGACGAUUCAAGCUAUCUUACGCCACACGAAACUGCACUGGCGGUAGUAGCCACCGCUAUGAAAAAAGCAAGACUGCAACUAGAUACGUUGGUAAUAAACUCCUUACUUGGUGGUAUUCUGUUUAGCAGUGGUUCCUUCUUAUUGGUAGCGAUACAAUCAGAUGAUCCUGACAUGGUCGCGCAAAAUCCAGGUAUUAUAAACCUUAUAACUGGUGUUACCUUUGCCAUAGGUCUAUUUUAUGUGGUAAUAAUGGGUGCUGACCUUUUCAACUCUAAUAUUUUAUUUUUUUCUGUUGGGGCUAUGAGAGGAGCAGUGACUAUAUAUGAUUUAAUUGUUUCAUGGUUUGUUAGUUGGAUUGGUAACAUUGCCGGUUCACUUUUCGUUUCAUACCUUUUCGGUCAUCUUUCAGGUAUUGGUUCUCAGGAGCUUUGGAUAAAGGGCUCGAGGAAAAUCAUUGAACAAAAGGCUUCAUAUUCAUUCAUACAGACCUUCUUGAAGGGGAUAGCUGGUAAUUUCUUUGUUUGUUUGGCUAUCUACCUUCAACUAAUGGCAAAACCUAUUCAUGUUAAGUUCAUCAUAAUGUCAUUCCCCAUCAUUACUUUUGUGGGUAUAGGUUUCACUCAUGUGGUCGCUGAUAUGUCGGCAUCCUUUAUUGCCAUGCUUAACGGCGCCAAUGUUUCUGUGGGCAAGUAUAUUUGGAAACUGCUUAUUCCUGCUUCUUUAGGUAACAUCGUUGGGGGCGUCUUCUUUAGUGCUGUUGUUCCCUUUUACUUACAUUUGGUGGUUGUGGAACGCGAUCGGAAGAGAUUAUCGUUACCAGCAUAUGAGGCAAGAGAUGAACAACCAGAACUAAAUAUGGAUUCAAGAGUCGUCAGGGUACCAAAACAUGAGUUAGAGGAAGAUGCCGAAAAUGACAUUAGUGAUGGUGAUUCAACCGAAACUGGUGGUGACCUUGAAGAUCUGAAAGAGAAGGAUCCUGCAGGCAUAUAUAAUAUGACAAAUGAUAGUUCAAGUUACUUAACUGGGAGAAGUCUAAACUCCCUACUAUCGUCACCUUCAUCAGUCGUAACUUCGGAUAAUGCUACCAUGGAAUCGGAUAUAGGGGAACCCGUCCCAUUCACACCUAAAACUAACCCCAUAAGAGGAUCUUCACAUUUAAGGUUACCUUAUAACCGCUCAACAAAGUCCAUUAACAAUCGACAUUUUAAUAAGCGCCACAGUUUAAGAUCACCGCCUGGUGUCUUCCCUGUAAGGGGAAUGGGCGAGCCACUAGAGAGAGAGAAGACCAUUGAAGAUGCAACUUACGACCCUAAGAAUAAUGAACUCUUUUUAAGGAAAGCUGAAACGCAUAACUCUUCACUGGCAAAAAAUGAGAGAAAAGAGGAUGAUAACCUGCUAAGGUUAGUGAAAACUGAAGAAGAUCGCGAGCAAAAAGAGUAUCAAGAAAAUGGGGGUUACAAUAUCUUGGAAAAUAAGCCAGGUGCCAAGCUAGAAAAGAUAAUUACUCAUCUUGCCGAAAGUGUACCUUCUAGGGAAGUGACUCCUCCAGUGUUACCUAGAACAACACAAGAUACUUUUCCUCAUAACGCUACAGCCUCCUCUCCAGAGUACGCAGACGAUGUUCAUUCUCUACGUAGAGCAAACAGUACCACAUUAGGUGGAUUGUUUAGAGCUGUUUCAAGAGAGUUCCAUUCCAGCAAAGACGCAGAGAGUCCAGAUGACUUACUCAAAAAAAUGGCCGCCGUUGGCAUAAACCGCAAGGCAAGAAUUACAGCAAACAAUGUUGCCGGAAUUGUUAACCUGAACGAAGAGGACCUGGAUGGAUCCGCAAGGUGA